AUGAUUAGUGUUCGACUGAAAUCACUUUGCCUUAUCAUAACUCUCAUAGGAUGCGCUAUGGAGACCUAUGUUCUCUAUUACGAGCGCAAACAUCUAGAAAGUUCUCAAUUUAAAGAUCCGAAGCGUACAGAUAUCAGAUCAAUCCAAUACAACUAUGCAUUGCUUAACUACAGAUUUAUAUAUGCAUCACUCAAAUAUUUCUUACCAUUCAUGACAAUUUUCUUGUUCAAACCAUUAUCAAAAUUCUUCAACACUAACUUGAAAUUCGGAAUAUACGCAUUUUUCAUUAUUAGAGUUAUCCCUCAAUUGUUUUCAGAAUACUAUCGAAUCUUUCACACAGAAACUAUUUUCAAAUUUAACGUUUAUUCAAAGAGAGAGUUCUUCAUUGACUUCACUAUUGUCUGCUCCGUUGAUGCAAUAAUACUAGCAAUACUUGUUCAUAUAUUUACAUUGUUUACUGAUAUUACAAACGGAAGAAAAGGAAAUGGUAAAUUUUUCUCAGAAUCUGUGAAUGAAGAAGUCGAUGUUAACUAUGAUCUAUCCGGUCCUGAGAAUUUAGCAGACGUAAAUUUGGCUUCUGAGGGUGCAGUUAUCCAAAAUAGUGAUUGUUCAGGAGAUAAACUUCAUAUGCCACUUACAUUACUUAUAGCUCUUAUUGCAUUACAUAUUUUGCGCAGCGGAUUCUCAGAUCAAUACAAUCCAAAUUAUCGAAAUGUUGUAGCAGAACCUUUUCAUCCUUUUAACGAAUCAAUACAUUAUUUGUCAGCUAAUAAUGUUGAUUUAUUCAAGAAACGUGUCAGAUACUCAUUUUCUAAGUCAACUUUGCAUUCUGAAAUAAAAUUAUCAGGAUUAAUACAUCCAAAGGUUAUCUUUUCAGUUAACAACUUCUUCUAUAUACAGACAUUGGAAUCCUUAUAUCUUGGCCCAAUAAUUCACUCUCUUGUUGAAAGUUAUGAUAAAAUUAUUUUAUUCCUUGUAGAUAUAUCAAGAUACAUCGCAUUUUGCAUUAUACUCUUUGGAGUACUAAGAUUAGGAUUCGAGGAAUUCAUCUACAGAUCAACUCCAGUUCAUACUGUUGUUUUAUUCAUUUCUUUCUGUAUUUUUAUUACCAUUGAUUCAUUUUUCCGUAUCUUCUCUAAUGCAAUUGCAAGAAUAUUAACUCUAUCUCACGAUUGCGCAGCUGUUACAAUGGGAUUUCAGAUAAUGGCAACACUUCAAAAACUUUACACUGCAGAUGCUAAGGUUUUCUCACCAUCAAUUCCUUUCAAGCUGUUGUUUAUGAAUGAACCAACACUUGCCGAUCAUGUUGCUCAUAUUGCAACUUGCGUAUAA